UCAUUCCACAUGUAAAUGCCACUGGGAAUUUUCUGAAAUUAUCGGGCAUUAUAACGACAAUGACCACACCAACUAACUGGUCAUCUGCAAAUAUGGGCAAUGGAUCCUAUGCAAUAAAGUCUUGGUGGACACCAAGUUAUGCUCCUGUGGUGACUGGUUUUACAAAUAUCACAUUAUACAAUGACGAAAUAUCAGUAGGGGAUACAGUUAAUACCAUCACAACAUCUGAUUAUGAUUUGGAAGAUGUUAACAAUUUAACAUUAACUAUAAAUUCAACAGACAACAAUGGACAGAACUUUUUCGAGAUACAUUCGUCAACAGGUGCAAUUCGAAUUAAAAGUCUACCUCCUAUAAACACGUACAACCUUGAAAUAGAAGUGAAGGACCCUUGCUCUUUGUCUAAUAAUGGAACACAGACAAUAAUAAUAAAAAAUCGGCUUCCUGUUAUUGCAAAUCUCCCAAGUAUCAUUUCAAUAUCUGAAGACAUUACAAGUAAUACUCUCCUAUUCACUAUAAAUGCCACAGACUCGUAUAAUGACUCUCUUACCUGUUCUAUGCAUACCGGAGACUCAUCUGUAUUUCAAGUCGAAGCCAUAUUUUCGACCACAGAUCAUGGUUUAUACACAGCGAAUUCCAGUAUUCCCUUUGAUUAUGACAAUGUUUCUACAUAUAAUGUAACUAUACAGUGCGAUGACGGAGAUGACAUUGUUUAUGGUGAACUUACAGUCAAUAUAAUUCAAAAUCAGGCACCUGUUAUCAAUAGUCUACCAGAUUCUGUAAGUUUGUUGGAGGACAUAAACACGAAUACAUUAUUACAUACACUGAAUGUGACGGAUAUAGAAGGAGACAAUAUAACUUGUGUACUGAAACCGAACAGCUCAUUAUUUGAAGUAACUUUGAUUCCACCAUCACAUAAAGACUAUGGGAUCUAUCUAAAAGGUGGAACAAAGCUUGAUUAUGAUAUGACCCCUUCAUACUCGAUGAUUGUAGAAUGUAGCGAUGCAAGAAGAAACGAUUCAGGACAUUUUACAGUUAAUUUGAUAAAGAAUUUAGCACCAGUUCUCAAUAGUCUGCCAGAUUCUGUUAGUUUGUUGGAGGACAUAAAUACGAAUACAUUAUUACACACACUGAAUGUGACGGAUAUUGAGGGAGAUAACAUAACAUGUAAACUGAACCCAAACAGUACUAUAUUUGAGGUUACUUUAAUUCCACCAUCAAAUACAGAAUAUGGGAUCUAUCUAAAAGGUGGAACAAAUCUUGAUUAUGAUAUGACCCCAUUAUACUCGAUGACAGUAGAGUGUAGCGAUGCAAGACGAAACGAUACUGGACAUUUUACAGUUAAUUUGAUAAGAAAUUCAGCACCUGUUAUCAAUAGCCUACCAGAUUCUAUAAGUUUGUUGGAGGACGUGAACACGAAUACAUUAUUACAUACACUGAAUGUGACGGAUAUAGAGGGAGACAACAUUACAUGUCUACUGAACCCGAACAGCUCAUUAUUUGAAGUGACUUUGAUUCCACCAUCAAAUAUAGAAUAUGGGAUCUAUUUAAAAGGUGGAACAAAUCUUGAUUAUGACAUAAUUAAUUCAUACUCGAUGACAGUAGAAUGUAGGGACGGAAGACGAAAUGAUACAGGAAAUUAUACAGUUAAUUUGAUUAGAAAUUCAGCACCUGUUAUCAAUAACCUACCAGAUUCUGUAAGUUUGUUGGAGGACGUGAACACGAAAACAUUAUUACAUACACUUAAUGUGACGGAUAGUGAGUUUGACAAUAUAACAUGUGCACUGAACCCGAACAGCUCAUUGUUUGAAGUAACUUUGAUUUCACCAUCAAAUACAGCGUAUGGGAUAUAUCUAAAAGGUGGAACAAAUCUUGAUUAUGACAACAUCCCGUUAUACACCAUGGCUGUAGAGUGUAGCGAUGUGAGGCGUAAUGAUACGGGAAAUUUUACUAUAGAUUUGAUUAGAAAUAUGGCACCUGUUAUUAAUAGUCUACCAGAUUCUAUAAAUUUGUUGGAGGACGUGAACACGAAUACAUUAUUACACACACUGAAUGUGACGGAUAUGGAGGGAGACAAUAUUACAUGUGUACUAACCUCAAACAGCUCUAUAUUUGAAGUUAUUUUAAUUCCACCAUCAAAUAUAGCAUAUGGGAUCUAUCUAAAAGGUGGAACAAAUCUUGAUUAUGACACGAUCCCGUUAUACAUGAUGGUUGUAGAGUGUAGCGAUGUAAGGCGUAAUGGUACGGGAAAUUUUACAGUAAAUUUGAUUCGAAACAUGGCACCAGUUAUCAAUAGUCUUCCAGAUUCUGUAAGUUUGUUGGAGGACGUGAACACUAAUACAUUAUUACACACACUGAAUGUGACGGAUAUAGAGGGAGAUAACAUAACUUGUAUUCUGAGCCAAAACAGUACUAUAUUUGAAGUGACUUUGAUUCCACCAACAAACAUAGAGUAUGGCAUUUAUCUAACAGGAGGAACACCCCUUGAUUAUGAUUCAACCCCUUCAUCUUCACUAACAGUACAAUGCAGUGAUUUAAGACGUCAAAGCACUGGAAAUUUUACACUUAAUAUAGUAAGAAAUGAGGCACCAGUCAUAUACAGUUUGCCAGAUUCUGUCCUUCUACUUGAGGACGUGAACACGAAUACAUUAUUACACACACUGAAUGUGACGGAUAUGGAGGCAGACAACAUUACAUGUUUCCUGAACCCAAACAGUUCUAUAUUCGAAGUGUCAUUGAUUCCAUCUACAAAUAUAGGAUAUGGAAUUUAUCUCAUUGGUGGAACAGUUCUUAAUUAUGAUAUUACCCCUUCAUAUUUGCUUACUGUACAAUGCAGUGAUUUAAGAAGAAACAACACUGCAAAUUUUACCGUUUAUUUAGUGAAAAAUAUGGCACCAGUCAUUCACAAUCUGCCAGAUUCUAUCAGUUUAUCAGAGGAUGUAAACACCAAUACCUUGUUACAUACGUUGAAUGUGACAGACAAAGAGGGAGACAAUAUAACUUGUGUACUAAACCCGAACAGCUCAUUAUUUGAUGUGUCCUUGAUCCCACCUUUCAAUACAGAUUAUGGAAUCUACCUGACAGGAGGGACAAUACUAGAUUACGAUACAACUUCUCUCUACAUAUUGCCAGUGGAAUGUAACGAUCUUAGGCAAAAUGAUACACAGAGUUUUACAGUGAAUCUUAUACGAAAUACACCACCAGUUUUCAAUAGUUUGCCUAGCAGUACAAACGUUUCAGAAGGUGUUAUUUCUAAAACUCUUUUACACACAUUGAAUGUAACAGAUGAACAUGAUAAUGUGACAUGUGUUCUGAAAACACACACAGACAAGUUCUCACUAGAAACGGUGUCACCGUCUUUAGUUGAUUACGCAAUAUAUCUUCAAGGAGGAAUAAUACUCAAUCAUGAUAUAACACAAAGCUAUUUAGUAGCUGUAGAAUGCGGUGAUCAUCGAAGAAAUGUAUCUGAUGUAUUGACUGUUUACAUAAUUAAUCCGAAUGAGGGACCAGUAGUACAUAAUCUGCCAGAUUCUGUGAGUUUUCUAGAGGACGUGAACACCAACAUCCUAUUACACACCUUAAAUGUAACAGAUGCUGAGGGAGACAAUAUAACAUGUGCUCUUAAUCCAAACAGUGUAUUAUUUGAUGUGCAAGUAAUUCCACCGAACUAUAACGAUUAUGGAAUAUACCUGAAAGGAGGUACAACUCUAGAUUAUGAUACCACAUCUUCCUAUACGUUAACAGUACAAUGUAGUGAUCUGCGAAGAAAUGAUACUGGAGUUUUUACGAUUAACCUCAUACGGAAUUCGGCACCAGUCAUACAUAAUCUGCCAGAUUCUGUGAGUUUUCUAGAAGACGUGAACACCAACAUCCUAUUACACACCUUAAAUGUAACAGAUGCUGAGGGAGACAAUAUAACAUGUGCUCUUAAUCCAAACAGUGUAUUAUUUGAUAUACAAGUAAUUCCACUCACUUAUAACGACUAUGGAAUAUACCUGAAAGGGGGAACAACUCUAGAUUAUGAUACUACACCGUCCUAUCUAUUGACAGUACAAUGUAGUGAUCUGAGACGAAAUGAUACUGGAGUUUUUACGAUUAACCUCAUACGGAAUACGCCUCCAGUUUUCAACAGUUUACCUACGAACACAAAUAUAUCAGAAGAGGCCAUAACAAAAACAUUUCUACAUUUAUUAAACAUCACAGAUGUAGAUGUUAAUGACACAAUAACAUGUGUACUUACCGCGCAUACUGACACAUUUUCAUUGGAAAAGUUACCUCCAACGUUAGAUUAUUAUGGAAUCUUCCUCAAAGCAGGCAAAAUACUGAACUCUGAUGUUACCCCGAGCUAUGCAUUAAAUAUAGAAUGUGGCGAUCAUCGUAGAAAUGUCACAGAUGUGUUGACUGUUGACAUAAUUAAUUCAAAUAUGGCACCAAGCAUUUCAAAUUUACCGAUGAGUUGUGAAAUACCAGAAACGCUCAGCACGAUGUCAUUACUGUAUACCAUAUCUGUUACCGACCCAACAAACGAUACAGUGAUAUGUAAUGAUACCUCAUCUUCGGCAAUUUUCUAUCUUCAACCUGGAAUAAAACCAUUUGAGACCAACAUAUACAUUAGACCAAAUCAAGUACUUAAUUACAACACCCAAAGACAAUACAAAUUAGAUAUCUUAUGUGCUGACCAGCGAAGGAACGAUUCUUCGAUUUUCUUCAUCUACCUUCUCCGCAAUAUGCCUCCGUCUCUCACCAAUCUUCAAGCUAACGCAAACAUUUCAUCAAAGGGAACAGUUGGACAGAUUGUAUAUACUGUACUUGGUACUGAUCCAGAAAACGAUCACUUGCUUUUCAGUUUGGUGUAUACCAAUGGAAAUGAACCGUUUCAAAUCAACCCAUUAACUGGUGCUGUAUCAUUGUCUCGUCCAAUACAAACUGAAACAGUACCGGGAUAUGAAUUACAAAUCAAUAUUACAGACGGCAUGAAUGUGGUGGGACCUAAAACUCUAUCAGUGCGAAUAACAGAUGUUAAUUCCAUUCCUACUAUAGUUAACUUACCAGCCACAAUAAAUGUUCUGGAAGGCAUUAAUGUGGGUACUACAAUAUUUCAGCCAUUGAUACAAGACCUUGAUAGUUCUGAUGUUCAUAUAUUAUCUGUGUCGUAUAUACCAGAAGACGGGGAUAUAUAUUUCCAUGUAAAUAAUACAAACAGACAGGUGUCAACAGUAGAUGAAAUUGAUUAUGAGACGAUCUCACCCAAAACCUUUUUGUUGAUGAUAAGUGUCAAGGACUCGCUUACAGAAAGCAUUGAAAACCUUACUAUCAACAUUGUUAAUGUGAACGAACCACUACAUUUCUCAAAGAAAUAUUACGCGAUGGAUGCAUAUGAAAACACAGCAGGAUUCGUACUGCAGGACCCGUUAUACCAGUAUUCUGAUGAUGAUGGAGAUACUGUCAAGUUUACUAUGAAUUGUGGAUCUAACACAGGCAAAUUAGAUAUAGAUUCAGUAACGGGUCUUUUGUCGUAUUCAGAUGAUUAUGAUCUAGACAUAGUUGGUACACCUGACCACCUCCAAUGUGAUGUGAACAUUACUGAUAAUGAGUUUACAGACAAUGCAUUCCUGAAUAUAACUGUACAUGAUGUCAACGAUAACUCGCCUACAUUUUACCACAGUGAAUAUACAUUUCUGGUUCAGCGCAGUGCAAGUGAUGGUGCCUUUGUUGGUCAAGUUGAGGCUUCAGAUAAGGACAUUGGUCCCUAUGGUACUUUCUUUUACCAUGUGAAACAAGACAAUCUAAACGCUAGUAUAUUUGUAGUGUCUGAUAACGGUACAAUAAAACUAAACAACACAUUGAAUGAUUAUCAAGAGGGAUCGAUAAUAACAUUCAAAAUCUUCUGUGUUGAUACUGGUGGAAAACAGGAUAUAACGUCAGUCAAAAUACUAAUUCCUAUAUCAACAAAAGUGCCAUCAGUGGUUGUUGUGCAAAGUAAAAUAUUUUACUAUACUUUUUUCAAACAUGCUUCCAACAUGGCAUGGUUUGUUCCGUCGAUAGUUGCAAUUUUUUUCUCCGUCUUUGUUGUUAUCCACACAAUAUACUCCUUCAGAAACAUCUGCAUAUGUGAAAAAUCAAAACGGUUACAAGAGGAAAUGAAGUACAACAUAGCCGAUUUCUAGCACUCAUCCAAGUUUCUGUUAUCAUAAAACAUUCAUAAUAAAUGGGACAAUGGUCAAAACAUAAUAGUGUGGUCAAACGUAUCAUUGACUAGAAUUUACAUAUUUAUAAAGAUGCAUAAAACGGAUGUGAACAGUCUUAAUGGUCUAUACUGUGAAGUGACAGACCGAAGGGAAAUACACAAUAAGGAUUCAUCUCAUUUGUAUUUUUAUUUAUCAUAUUAUGAUGUAUUAUCAUUACGUAUUUCAUUUGCUUAUU